AGUUGUAAUCGGAACAGAUGAGAUGUUUAGAGCUGCUGAGAGAAAAAUACCACUGUUUAUUACUAAUGUGCAUAAAAAUACGUCAGAAUCAGAUAUCGUUCGAUACAUUUGUAAGAUGACACAAGAAACAGUGGCAUUAGAGAAAAUAUCCAUUAAGCGUCAAUGUGAUUACAAUGCAUUCAAAUUCUUUGUAGCACAAAACAAAGUCUCGUUGUUUUUGGAUGAGAAUAUAUGGCCAGAAGGGAUAAUUUUUCGACGGUUUAUUAAUUUUAAACUAAAAAAAUCGACUGGAAACGCACAUAUUUCCAUUGACGGCAUUACACACCAAAAUUAUGGAUAGUGGGAUCUACAACUUUGUUACCUUCAAUUGUAAGAAUGUGAAGCGCUCUGUAGAAGGGAUACGGGAAUUAUGUAAAAGAUCGGAUAUCAUAGCCCUGCAAGAAACGUGGUUGUUGCCGAGUGACCUAUCAUAUUUGUGCAGCAUAGAUUGCGAGUUUACCUCUACGGGAACGUCGGCGAUCGAUACAACGGAGGGAAUACUGCGCGGGCGACCGCACGGUGGUGUCGCGAUCCUCUGGCGGCACAGUGUAUUUUCCAAUGUUGUAGUAGUGCCAUGUGAUAAUCCCCGCAUAUGUGCGAUAAGAAUAAUGUUAAAAGGGCGGUCAAUCCUAGUGAUGAGUGUCUACAUGCCUACCGAUAUGUCUACAAACUUAGUGGAAUUUACGGACAUUCUCGGCUCGGUAAGUGCAAUCAUAGACAGUAAUAAUGUGGAUUGUGUUUAUAUUAUGGGCGAUUUCAAUGCUCAUCCCACAGAAUCAUUCUUUAAGGAAUUAUCUAUAUUUUGUGAGGAACAGGAAUGGACUUGUAUAGAUAUAGAAAUGUUGAAGGGUUCAUCGAACUGUUUUACGUUUGUGAGUGAAGCUCAUGGGUCGCAGCGGUGGCUAGAUCAUUGUAUAGUAUCGAAAGCGGCUGUGUCCUCUGUACGUAGAGUGCACAUACAAUAUGACAUACUCUGGUCAGACCAUUUUCCGCUGAUUCUUGAGUGUAAUUUAGACGUAGUUCCACCUAAGAUAGAAGAAGUAAAAUGUGAACGUAACAAUGUUUUGUGGGGUGACAGAGGCAUAGAACAAAUCGACUCAUAUUAUAAUGAGUGUCAUUCUCAUUUCAAACUUCUUAAGUUUCCAUCCGAGUUCCAUAACUGUGCCGAUCAGACUUGUAAUGUUAUACAACAUAGACAGGUCAUUGAUAAGUUGUAUAAUGAUAUAAUAAAUGUACUAAAGAGAGCGGCUGUAGCUAGUAGAAAUAACACACAUUGUAAGCGUAAGAAAAAGAAAAUUGUAAUAGGUUGGAAUAAACAUGUUAAUGAGGCACACAGGAAUGCCAGGCAGAAAUUUCAUGUUUGGUGUGAUUAUGGUAAACCUAGAGUUGGCUCCAUCUAUAAUGAUAUGUGUGAGGCUAGAAGAUACUUUAAGAAACGUCUAAAGUGGUGUCAAGACCACGAAGAACAAAUAAAGAUGGAUAUUCUAGCUUCACAUCAUUCUAAUAAUGACUUUCGGUCUUUUUGGAAGGCUACGAGGAAGCUAAGUACAAAGUCUGCCCUUCCUGUGUCUAUUGAAGGCGUAAGUAAUGCCGAGAACAUAGCUGAUCUUUUUAAGGAUCAUUUUACUGUUAAAUCCCCUUUGGGGCCAUCGCGUGCGGAGUUGAAUGUUGAGACUGGACGUGUGGUGGAAAUUAGAUGUACUGCUAGUGAAGUAGAUCGAAUUAUAAAAUCUAUGAGUAGAGGUAAAUCUCCAGGACACGACAGUCUCAGUAUUGAACAUCUAAACAUGCUGGGCCACACUUGGCGAGACUGUUGGCAAUGCUCUUUAACUUUCGUAUAA